CCCUCCCUCUCUCUUUCUCUCCUCCCCUUUUCGUUCCUCUCUUUCUACCUUCUUGCACUCUUGCUCAGAAAAAUAAUCCAUGGAGGCUCUCAGACUAGAAGCUCGAGCAUUAGGGUCCCUCUCAGGGGGUUCCACCCCGCUCAAGGCCCUUCUCCCUGGGGCAGAUGGCUUCGUCCUUCCCCCUGGAGAUCCAGAGCUGUGCCGGGAGCAUGGAGAGACGUUUACCUUGUUCUGUGUGGAUGACCUGGAGCCAGUGUGCAGUCAGUGUGGACUGACUGAGACCCACGAGGGGCACAGAGUCUAUCCCAUAACGGAGGCUGUACCUGACUGUAAGGGGGAGCUGAACUCUUCACUGGGGAAGCUGCUCGGGAAGAGCAGGAGGUUUGAGAAGGUUACGCGGAUCUUUGAACACGCCUCCCAACACAACCAGAGCCAUGCCCAGCAGACAGAGAGACAGAUAAAGGAGGAGUUUGAGAAGCUGCACCAGUUCCUGAGAGAGGAGGAGGAGGCCAGGCUAGCCAGGCUGAGGGAGGAAGAGGAGGAGAGGAAUAGAGUGAUGAAGGAGAAGAGAGAGAGAGUGGGAAAAGAGAUGAAGCUGCUGGCUAAAACCAUCCGAGAGAUCGAGGAAGAGAUGAAGGAAGACAGGGAUGACAUCGCCUUUCUGCAGAAUUACCAGGAAACAGUAAAGAGGACGUGGCAGAGUCAUGGGGAGCCAGAAGCGGUGUGUGGUCCUCUGAUAGACGUGUCCAAACACCUGACCAACCUCCGUUACUCCGUCUGGAACGACAUGCUGCACAUAACCCCUUACAGUGAGUCUGGGGGAGGGACGGAGUGGUGUGUCCCCUAUCUCCCCCUCCCCCUCUCCCCCUCUUCCCCCAACCCCUCCCUGUCAGCAUAA